AAAACCUCUUUCUUCUCCUGCCGCGGCUGCAUCGUUCCCUUCCUCAGUCGGAUCUCGUUCAACACAGAGAGAGUAUAUUCAGCUGAUCAUUUAGAAGAUAGCGAUUCUUUCCUGAACAUGUAUUUUAUGUAUCCGUGGCAGAGUAGAUUCAGCAGAACCUUAGGAGGUAGCGACAAUGGUUAAGUUUUUGAAGCCAAACAAAGCUGUGGUAGUGCUACAAGGACGCUUUGCUGGGCGUAAGGCUGUUAUCAUUCGUGCUUUCGAUGAGGGAACACGUGAGCGUCCAUAUGGUCAUUGCUUAGUUGCAGGGAUUAACAAGUACCCCAAGAAGGUAAUUCGCAAGGAUUCAGCCAAGAAGACUGCGAAGAAAUCAAGAGUGAAGGCUUUCAUCAAGCUUGUGAACUAUAACCACAUCAUGCCUACACGUUACACCCUUGAUGUCGAUCUCAAGGAUGUUGUCACUCCAGAUGUUCUUACUUCCCGUGACAAGAAGGUUACAGCUGCUAAAGAGACAAAGGCUCGUUUGGAGGAGAGGUUCAAGACCGGGAAAAACAGGUGGUUCUUCACCAAGCUCAGGUUCUGAGGCUCUGUGAAAGAGUUUCAUUGUUAUCUUUUUGAGUAGUUAUCAUUGGCUGAGUUUCAGUUUUCUUUUUUGACCGUAAUUGCAUUAAAGAUAAUACAGGGAUUUAAGGUUUUGACUCUGAACUUUUAAAUGACUAGUUUAUGGCAUUGUCUGGUUUUAGAUUCCAAAACAUAUGUGGUUUGUUAGUUCCUCAAGUGGCAUUUAUGAUACUGUUAGCCAGAACCAACUAACUUGUUAUAGUUUAUUACAUAGUAUUAUGCUCAAUUUGUUCUAGUA